AUGACUGUUACGAAUACUGCCAAAGCACUGUUCAUCGAUUCAGAUAACAAUCCCAAGGUCACCGAACGACAAGGUCUCCCGAAACCAAGCAAUGGAGAAUUGCUCAUCAAAGUUCUAUACUCGGGCGUCAAUCCUGCUGACAUCAAGCACGCGGUUUUCCUGGGAAUGAACAAUACUGUCAUGGGCCAUGACUUUAGCGGUCAAGUCCUGGAAACUACAAAGCCCGACUCUGUUUAUAGGCCUGGAGAUGUUGUAGCGGGAUACACGCCCGCAGGUCUUCAUCAGCCUGCUCACUACGGAGCUCAUCAAGCCUAUAUUACUUGCCCAGAAGAUAUGCUGUACAAGGUCCCCGAUAACCUGCCUUUACCCGACGCAGCGAGUUUGACUGUUGUUGCCAUGACGGCUGCCGAUGUUAUAUACAACCUCUUCAAAUUCCCUCUACCUACGGAGAACGAAAAGCUGGCCCACAAGGUCCCGUUUCUGCUCUGGGGGGCAACAGGUUCCGUUGGGUACUGUACCCUUCAAUUCGCUAUCGCAAGUGGCGUGUCUCCCAUCCUUGUUACUGCAAAUCCAGCGAGAUUUGAACACCUACGAUCUCUCGGAGUUGAACACCUAUUUGAUUAUAAGGACGAGAACGUCCACGAGUCCAUCGCCAAAACUCUGCGUGACUUGGGCUCUGACAAGUUCUCAUACGCAUUUGAUGCAGCAGGGGCUCCCGAUUCAGCCGACCAGGUGCUAAAAGCUGUAGCGGACGACACCACUAUUGUUUCGGCGGUCAUACGGGAUAACAAGCGCUUCAAGAUGCCCGUUGCCGUGGGCAGCAUUGACUUUGUGAUUCAACCUCCUGACUCUCCACAUCCUAUUACCCUUCCUGCACGGCCUGCGGAACAUGAUAGAGCUUGGAAGGCUUUGAACUGGGCUAUUGAGAACUAUGGGAAGAAAUUUCGUUUGCCGCCGGUCCGUGUGGUGGAAGAUACCGCUGAGAAUGCGUUGGAAGAGAUCAAGCGUUUCGUCAAGCAAGGUGGAGGAUUUUCCAAGGUUUCAAUUAAGCAGCCACUAGCAUAG